AUGGCCUCAGUUCAAUUACUUGGAGCGCUAAGAAUAGCGUCAUGCUAUAGAACCGUAUCGGAACCAGCUACACUAAUUAUUGCAAGAGUGAUUCCUAUUGAUUUAAUGGCUCAAGAAAGAAAGAUGGUGUACGACAGGGAUGAAGAAACAAGCAAGACAGAUGUACGUAAAAAAGGAAGAGAAAUGAGUAUGAGAAUAUGGCAGGAUAGAUGGAACGGAGAGACUAGAGGUAGAUGGACCUUUAGACUCAUACCAAGGAUCGAUGAAUGGUUGAACCAGCAAUGUGGAGAGAUUAAUUAUUAUUUAACCCAAUUAUUAACGGGACAUGACUAUUUCCUGACCUUUUUUACAUAA